UGAAAGUUACUUUAAAAUUCAAUAAAUUCAUACUUUGGGAACACUUUCAAGUUUUUCUGAGUAAUCAAAAUUAUCUGGUCUCAUUUUCAUUCGCACAAACAUGAACCCCAAUCCAAUAAUUCGUACUAUAUUGAACCACUUCAGAAGUGGCACCAUCAGGAGCUAUCUAGUGGUCCUGCCCGAUCAUGGUCGUAUAGAGAAGCAGCUUAAGCUGGAGGAGCUGAUAACGGAGCGCGGCGUCUUGGAUAUGCGAUCUCUAGAGCUCUCACUUCAGCAAAAGCGCGUUGAGGCCAAUCUGACCGAUCUGACACGUUGCAUAAGGGGCAUGGAGUUUGACUUGAAGGUGAAUUCCGAUCUGGAGCAAAAGGAAAACAAACAGUCGCGUGAUGCCUCGCACAAUUCCCCGCCAGGCGAUAAGAAAUCACCCAAAGUCGGUGAUUUCAGCGAAUAG